GCGUUCAAAACAACUGUGAACUCAAAAAUAUCUGAUUUAAGACUUCAGUGCGUUCAAGACAGCUGUGAAUUUGCGAGAGAAAAUGCGAAAGAUCGUUUUGAACGGUCAUCCAACUCGGAAUUCCAACUCGUGAAUUCGGGCCUCUUUCUAGAACUCCAACAUUCCGACCUGAAGAUCAUCUACGUCAUAAUUUGAUCUCGUAUUGUUUCCGAGUUCCCAGUUGCCUUGAAAGCCCCCGAGUCAGUARUUUGACAGCGCGACGGUUUUUCUUCGGAGAACAGACUUUUCGCUGUUGCCUUGUAAGGUGUCAAAAAUAAGAUGCUGUCUUACAUCAUUGGGCUCAUUCGGAGCAGUAUUGACAACAUUAUCAACCUCAUCCUGAGCUUCUUUCUCUCAAAGAAGAAACCUGCCAUCACCUUAGAGGACCCCAACAUCAAAUAUGCAUUAAAGCUGAUAGAUAAAGAGAUCAUCAGUCAUGACACAAGGAAAUUCCGUUUUGCCCUGCGGGAAAAGGAUCGUGUCCUUGGGCUACCCAUUGGGCAACACAUAUACCUGUCUGCCAAGCUGGAUGGAGUCCUGGUGGUCAGACCGUACACACCUGUGUCUAGUGAUGACGACGUAGGCUUCGUAGACCUGGUAGUCAAGAUUUACUACAAGAACGUUAAUCCAAAGUUUCCUGAAGGUGGGAAGAUGAGUCAGUACUUGGAAAGCCUCCGGAUUGGCGACACCAUUGAUUUCAGAGGGCCCAGCGGCCUGCUGGUCUACCAAGGAAACGGGGCUUUUGCCAUCAAGGCAGAAAAAAAGGCGGAGCCUGUGAUCAAAACUGCCAAGCAAGUGGGCAUGAUCGCAGGAGGGACCGGAAUCACUCCCAUGCUGCAGCUCAUCACAGCUAUAAUGAAGGAUCCCCAGGACCAGACAGUGUGUCACCUGCUCUUCGCCAACCAGACUGAGAAAGACAUCUUGCUUCGACCYGAGUUGGAGGAGAUCGCAGCUAAUCACCCAACCCYAUUCAAGCUAUGGUUCACCCUGGACAGGGCUCCUGAGGAGUGGGAGUACAGCCAAGGCUUCAUCAGUGAAGACAUGGUGAGGGACCACCUUCCACCCCCUGGAGACGACACUCUCAUCCUCCUGUGUGGACCGCCUCCCAUGAUCCAGUUUGCCUGUAACCCCAACCUGGACAAAGUGGGCCACGCCAGCAGCCGGAGGUUCACCUUUUAGAAGCCACCCCAGGCGAGGGGUUAAAGAGGGUUUCCCCAGGGAUCAAUGAUCAGCCACACCCAACAUUUAUUAAAACUCUUGCAUCAGC